AUGGCAAAUGAACAAUCUGCUAAGAUGCUGGCACUCAUACCAUGCUUAUUUGAAGCCUUAGACGACCCCCCUGAAUUAUUACAUUUGUUAGGCUCCGACAGUCAUGUCAGUGGAGCGUCUGGAGAUGUGGUUUUAGCUGCUUCUUUACACCAGCCUGCAUUAGAAUUGUUCAAUCACCGAUUGAUGGGUUUUGUAGAGCAUGAUGUGCCUCUGUAUAAUGACUUAACAUUCAAAGCCCAUUUUCGAAUGGUCAGAAGCACAUUUCAGAGCUUGCUUGAGGCUGUGGCUCCAUAUUUGGAUUGCAGAUCCAACACACUGGAAACAAAAGUUCUCUCUACCGUGUGGCUCCUCAGCAAUGCCGAGUCCUUCCGUGGUGUAGCUGACCGCUUCGGACUGUCAAAAGGAAGCCUGCUCCACAUUUUUCUUUCCGUCUGUGAAGCCAUGAGACAUUUGGAUAGUGUUGAGUGGCCAAGUGAGCAACUGAUGAAGGUCUCAGCUGGCACUUUUCUGGCAAGGCAUGGCUUUCCAGGAGCGAUCGACUGCAUCGACGGAUGCCACAUUCCUAUCAAAGGACGCUCCGAGGAUCGCUCCAGUUUUAUCAAUAGAAAAGGUUACAGUUCCAUUGUUCUCCAGGGAAUUUGUAACGAGAACAUGCAGUUCAUUGACGCCUUUGCUGGUUGGCCAGGAUCAGUCCAUGAUUCUAGAGUUCUCAGGAACAGCCCUAUUACUGCUGAGUUGGAGAAGAUGCCUGGUAAUCUCCAUAUCCUGGGUGACUCAGCUUACCCCCUUUCUACCUUUCUGAUGACCCCAUUCAAGGAGACAGGCAACCUGGGUGACCAAGAAAGAAGGUUUAAUGUCCUACACAGCACCACCAGAUCAAUCAUCGAACGAUCAUUUGCGCUUCUGAAAGGGAAACUCAGAAGACUCAAAUCCCUAGACAUGAGCCUUGAACAGGAGAUCCCAGGUGUUGUUAUGUCUUGUGUGUACUUGCAUAACUUUAUCAUCAGCAAAGAGAGGGAGGAUAAUGAGAUCAUCCCAAUCAGAGACAUGAACUUCAACUUCAGUACGGCAUCCCAGAAACGUGCAGCCAUUGCAGCCUGGAUUUAA